AUGGAGGGGGAUGUCGAUGGCGUCAUGGAGCGGCCGACCUCGGCUUCCGGCAUGCCAGCCGACGAGCUUCAACGCGAGAAAGACAAGUGGGAUGCGUGGAACCUCCAGAAAGGUCUGAGCCGGACGGAGGCGAAGAGAAGAUAUAUCGAGGCAUUGAUCGAGACGAUGCACAAAUAUGCGACAACACCAGACGCAAAGGAACUUGUCUCGGAACUCGAGUUCGUAUGGAAUCAGAUCAAGAACAAUAGCCCCAGCUCGACCGACUCUUCACCAAAAGGCACAGGUUACACCGGCGAAUUACGACAAUUCCAGCCACCCCUGGCUGGAUCCGAAGGCCCCCUGAAGGUUCUCAGCCCCAUGAGCGAGGACGAUGCCGCAGAUAGGAAUUCAGAUGGAAGGAUAGGUUACGACGAUGAUGACGAAGGGGACGCGCUCGUACCCAGCAGCAACUGGUCUCGCAGCGUGGAGCGCGCGCUUGAGAAGCUAUCCGCCGAGGUCGCAGCAUUACGAGAGCAAAUAACAACAGGGAGAGAGUGGAAGUCCAAAAAGUCACGAAGUUUCCCAGCCUGGCUACGAUGGUUUACAUGGGUUAUCAUGAAACAUAUAGCUAUUGAUAUGGUGCUGUUAGCCUUUAUCCUACUCUGGAUGCGCAAGCGGAAGGACCGGCGACUGGAAGACUUGGUCCGGGCAGGGGUCAAGUUGAUGCGGGAGUACGUUAGGAACGUCUUACCGGCCAGAUGA